AUGUCUUCAGCUGAUGCUCCCUCUCCCUCUGCUUCCACCCCCGACGCUGUUCUCGAUGCCAUCCUCAAGAAGACUCGGGACAAAGCAUGGCUUUCAUUUGCCCCCGAUGAACUAUCCACUCUUCUCUCCGCGUUCUCCCCAGCACUCCCCGUAACUACCCACACCAAAGGCUACCUCGUCCUGUCCGCGUUCUGCCAGCGCCGAAGAACUGAACUUCCGAAGGACGACGAGGCGAUACCGGCCAUAUGCCGAGCUGUGGAAAUGCCAGUCGUCGCAGCCAUCGCGGACACUGACGAGAGCGAGGUCCUCAAGGGUCUCACCUUCCUCUGCGCGCUUUUCGAUGUCGAUCACCCCUCCGCUACGUCCAUCGUUCUCCGCGAUGGCUUCACCGAAGUCAUUGUCGAUGCUUUCGACUUCUUUCCCAAGUCUAGGCGCAUACACCUUGCGAUUGCACACCUCCUGGGCCGCGCAGCGGGGCACAAAACUUCGCGCGCACUCGUCUCUACGGAUCACAAGGCAUGGCUGGAAAACAAGUCUCGGCAAACCCAAGAUGCGGGGCUACGCGCUGCCGCCGCCGUUGCGAUGGUCAAACUCGCUCGUGGAGCAAGUGCGGAUGCCGUAGAGGCAGGCGCAGCCGCCGACCCACCUGCCAUGGAGGAUGCGGAGUUGGCGAGGAUGAUGAAGAGCUUGGUUCUGGACUCAGCAGAGUCUUCCUCUGUGGCCGAUGCUGUUGAAGCACUCGCUUUCAUGAGCUCCACACCAUCCGUCAAGGACAUGCUCUCCAAGGACUCCGCCUUCCUGUCCCGCCUCUUCUCCCUUAUUCCUCGUCGGAAGGGUGCCGCCAUCGAGUCCCUUGGAGAUGCGACUUCAUCUCCGCUCUACGGUACAGUCAUCAUCAUCUCAAAUAUAUCCGUCUACCGUCCCCGUCUCUCUGCGGAGGAAGCACAGAUGGCCAAGCUCAAGCGCAUGGCAAAGGCGGCAAAGACCUCCAGCGAGUCAAGCACCCAGCCUGAUGACGACCCGUUGGACGAUGACGAGCACGUGAAGACUCGUGGAGAGAGACUCGUCAAGGGUGGCGUAAUGGAAGCCUUGACCUCCGCCGUACGCGUGUCCGAUAGUCGAGCGGUCCACAUGCUGGUUGGGAAGGCCAUUCUCAGCUUGGUCGAGGACAAGUCAAAUCGCGGCAAAAUUUUGCAAGCUGGAGGCGCGAAGGCUCUGCAGACGAUCAUCCAGGAGAUCGUUCCUGCCGCGAAAGCUUCGGAUGCUGGCAAGACUCCUCAAAUAGACAAGGAGGACUUUGAGCCCAUUCAAGCCUUGGCGAAGCUGUCUAUCACGGCUGCCCCUGUUCAAGUCUUCGGUCCCAACCAAGGCGCGAUCCACGACAUCAUCCGACCUUUCUCCCUCAUGGUCAUCCACCCCAACUCCACCCUUCUGCAACGCUUCGAGGCCAUGAUGGCCUUGACGAACCUGUCUUCCCAGAGUCCUGAGGUUGCAGACCGAAUAGCGCGUGCCGACGGCCUCACGAACAAAGUGGAGCUUCUGAUGCUGGAAGACCACGCCCUGGUGCGCCGCGCGGCAACAGAGCUCGUCUGCAACCUCGUCGCCGGGUCGGAGGAGGUCUUCAACAAGUGGGGCGGCGAAAAGAACUCUUCGUCCAAGUCCAAGCUUCAGGUCCUUGUGGCGCUUUGCGACAUUGACGACACACCGACACGUCUCGCCGCCUCUGGGGCCCUCGCGUCGCUCACCGCCUCUCCGGACGCAUGCGCCUCGCUGGCGGAAUUGCAGCGCGAGCGCCACAGGAUCCUCCCGAUCCUUGGGCAGCUCAUUGAUCCAAGUGUCGUCGCCCGGCCAGAAGCUGACGAGGGCGUGGACGAUGACGAUACGGAAGAGCUCCAGACCGAUCCGGGCCUGGUCCACCGAGGGGUCGUCUGCGUGCGGAAUUUCUUUGUGGGCAUCCAAAACAAGGCGUUGCAGAUGGAGGUGGCCUCGGACGCGAACCAUGCUGGUCUAGCUCACGCGCUAGUUGCCGUUGUGAAGAGCUGUGCCCAAGACACAAGCUCUCCGCUGUUACGGCCUGCAGCGGAGACGCUGAAGUGGCUGUUGGAGCAUGGAGUCGAGCUCACGGUGUAA